AUGGAUGCCUUUUCAGGCUAUAAUCAGAUUUUCAUGCAUCCGUCUGAUCAAGAAAAGACAGCCUUCAUCACCGACCGAGGCUUGUAUUGCUACAAGGUCAUGCCAUUCGGUCUGAAGAAUGCCGGUGCAACUUACCAAAGGCUAGUAAACAGGAUGUUUCAAGAACAAAUUGGUAAGAAUAUGGAGGUUUAUGUUGAUGACAUGCUAGUCAAAAGCAAGCUGCAGAUGGACCAUGUUACAGACUUGCAGGAGGCGUUCAAGACAUUGAAGCGCUUUAAGAUGAAAUUAAACCCUACAAAGUGUGCAUUCGGAGUCUCAUCCGGGAAGUUCCUCGGUUAUAUGGUGUCUAGCCGAGGGAUUGAGGCUAAUCCAGAAAAGAUCCAGGCGGUAUUGGAUAUGCAAUCUCCAAAGAAUGUGAAGCAGGUUCAGCAGUUGACAGGGAGAAUCGCAGCCUUGAACAGGUUCAUCUCUCGGUCUACAGAUAAGUGUCUCCCGUUUUUUAAGAUUUUGCGCAAGGCUUUCGAAUGGUCUGAAGAGUGCGAACAGGCAUUCGAACAACUUAAAACGUAUCUGGUUAGUCCACCCCUUCUCAGCCGAGCUGUUCCUGGUGAAACAUUGUAUCUAUACUUGGCAGUAUCACCAACUGCUGUCAGUGCAGCUUUGAUUUGGGAGGAAGAGGGGGUUCAGAAGCCAAUCUACUUCAUCAGCCGAGCGUUGCAUGGCGCCGAGGAAAGAUACGUACAAAUGGAGAAACUCGCUUUCACCUUAGUAAUUGCCUCCAGAAAGCUCCAACUGUACUUCCAAGCUCAUACAAUCAAUGUCCUAACUGAGUAUCCAUUAAAGAAAGUACUUCGGAAGCUGGACUUGUCUGGUCAGCUGGUCAACUGGGCAAUUGAAAUUAGUGAAUUCGACAUUUACUUUAUCUCACGUAAUGCUGUUAAAGGUCAAGCUUUAGCAGACUUUGUGGUAGAAUUCACCAACAUUCAAGACCAGGAGGAUUGGCCGAAAGAGAGAACAUGGGUAAUUUAUGUGGAUGGUUCAUCAACCAAAAGAAACGGCGGAGCUGGGGUCGUAAUGAUCAUGCCGGAUGGAAGAGAGUUGAAAAGCUCAUUAAGGUUAGAAUUCAAAACUACCAACAGCGAAGCCGAGUAUGAAGCUGUAAUAGCUGGCCUCGGUUUAGCUCAAGAGCUAGAGGCAGAGUUUGUGGAAGUUCGGAGUGAUUCACAAGUUAUAGUCGGCCAUAUUCGCGGCGAGUUUGAAGCUAAGGGCACCAAAAUGAAACUCUACUUGUCCAAAAUUCAAGGUAUGCAAAAAUCAUUCAAGAAGUUUUGCAUUGUUAAAAUCCCAAGGGAGGAGAACGAGAAGGCCGACCAUUUGGCCCGUUUAGGCUCUUCAACCGAGUGUGAGGUGGGAGAAUUCGAUCAUAUAAUACAAGUUCAGCAACAGCCUUCCAUUGCUGAGAAGGUUUUUAUUCUAACUAUCGAAGUUAUGCCUGUUUGGGCUGAAGAAAUUGUUGGUUAUCUUGAAAGGGGGAUUCUACCAGGAAAUAAGAGAAAGGCAGUACAGUUAAAACGAAAGGCUGCUCGGUUCGCACUAGUCAAUGGAGCUCUUUUGAAACGAGGUUUUAUGUUACCGCUCCUCAAAUGUAUCUCAAAAGAAGAAGGUGAUUAUGUUCUUCGAGAAAUUCAUGAAGGAAUCUGUGGCAGUCACUCGGGACCCCGUAUUUUAGCACACAAAGCGGUAAGAGCAGGAUUUUUUUGGCCGAGUAUGAACCAGGACUCCAUAAGUAUGGCCAAAACUUGUGACAGUUGCCAGCAUUUUGCCAACAUUAUCAAACAACCCCCUGAAGAACUUAGCUCGGUUUCCUCACCGUGGCCAUUUUCACAAUGGGGAGUGGAUAUAGUAGGGCCAUUACCUACAGGGAAAGGAGGAGUUCGGUUCAUUGUGGUCGCUGUAGACUAUUUCACCAAGUGGGCAGAAGCUGAAGCUCUGGUGAAUAUUACCGCUAAGAACAUCGAGAAAUUUCUUUGGAGAAAUGUUAUUUGUCGAUAUGGGAUUCCUCAUGCCUUUGUCACUGACAAUGGUAAGCAGUUUGACUGUGAAUCCUUUCGGAAUUGGUGUGCCGGACUUCAUGUUCGGCAAUACUUUUCAUCUCUGGGACAUCCUCAAGCAAAUGGACAAGUAGAAGCAAUGAACAAGACCAUAUUCAAGAUUCUGAAGAAGAAGCUCGGUCAGCAUAAGGGAGAAUGGUCAGAAAAUCUUCCCGAAGUUCUAUGGGCAUACCGCACAACCAGAAGGACUCCAACCGAGGAGACUCCUUUCGCCUUAGCCUACGGAACCGAGGCUGUCAUCCCUGCCGAGGUCGGAUCAGGAAGUUUUCGAGUGGACACAUUCAACCCUAAUUUCAACGACGAAGGUCUAAAGUUACAUUUGGACUUACUGCAAGAAAAACAAGAUUAG